UGACUCACCAAUGUAGAAGGAGAUUUAACCGCUCGUAAAACUGGAUUUUUAUUUCAAACACAUUAUUUCAAAGUUUCGUUUAUUAUUAUCAGAAAAAAAAUUGUUUUUCGAAUGUUAUUGUUAUCAUAAAGACAUCAUGAGAUCAAGUCGGUCGCAUUUGGAUCAUGAAAAUAGGCGGAAUGAUUUUCAUUAUCAUUCGUCUAGUCGAGGACAAUCAAACCAUUCGGAAAGUAAUGGACAUAGUACAAUGAUCCAUAAUGAACAAUAUCGGUCAUCGAAAAGAUCGGGUGUCGCUAAUACUUCUGGAAGUACCAAUCUAAUAAAACGGAUGAAAAGUACAAUAUCACCAAAUGAUAAUAAUGCCAGAAGUACUCGAGACUUUUCCAAUUCUAAAACAUCUAAAUCAUCAGCCGUUCAUAACUCUGUCAAAAUAGAUCCAAAUGAAUGCCAUCAAUUGACUUAUAAUGGAUAUAUCCAAGAAGAACUUGAAGCAUUGGCUGAUCCAAGUUCAGAUAAAAAAUCUGUUGAAGAUUUCGACAGAUUUAAAGUCGUUUCGUCCCAUCUUAGAGAAUUGAUCAAAACGAUCCUAGAAAAUAAAAAGGCAAAAUGUCAACUGAAAAAUGAGAAUUCGUCUUCAAAAUGCAUGGAUGAAACACUUUCGGAUAUUAAAGUUAAAGGAUUAAUGUAUCUAAUGGAAAUAAAAAAUCUUAAUCGCUUGGAUAAAUAUCGUCUGAAAGAAGCACGGAAAAAAAUAUCGUUGGGCAAAGAUAAAGUAGAUCAAAUUCAUUUGCAGUUGCAGAAUAUUCAAUAUGAAGUUAUGCAUCUUCAAAAAGAGCAAAAAACCUGUGCUUCAUUCCGUUCCAAAGAUGAAUCUUUAGAUCUGGUACAUGAGGAUAAAUUUCUUGUUUCCGAUCAUUUUCCGGACGAACUAAAACAUUUGCUCGUUGUUUCGAACACAUCAGUGAAAUUUAACAAAGAUAUCGCUUCGAGUGAAGAUCUUCACAAAUUACAUUUGGCCAGACUUGAUUGGGAACUUAAACAACGUAUAUCUGCAGAAAAUCAAUUAAAAAUGUCUGAAGAAUCGCGAUUCAAAUUGGAAGUGGAAAUAGCGACAAAAAAACGUACAUUAUCACAAUUCGAUCCGACCUUGAAAAAUAUAAUCGAAGCUUCCAAGCCAUUAGUAUCACAUCUAAAUGUUCCAUUACAAGUUUACGAUACUUCUAACAUUUUAACAUCAUUCCUCUCGCAACCACUUUAUGUACUUUACAUUCAACUUUGUGCAUACAAAAGUGCUUUCGAUUUAGAUUAUGAGGUUACCAUACAAGGAUCUGCUGAAGAUGCUCGAGAAUUUGAAUCAAAACAAAAAAAUGAAUCAAACAUACUAUCCUUAGUGAAUAGUCUGCAGAAAGAAACUGAUGAAGACAAUGGAUUACAAUUCGAAGACGAAGAAGAGGAAUCUGAUCGUAGAAAGAAAUCGAAAAAGUCUCGUUAUCAUUCACAACGCCAUUCGAUGGAACAUUCAACAGAUAUUACUUCGAAUCCAGAUUCGAAAAAUGAUUUUCAUUCAAGAUACAGUAAACUUCUAACGUUUCAUCCGAUUAAAAUAUCCAUAAAUUUUCGUUAUCAUAGUUACCAGAUCAUAUGUAUUUUCACCUAUUUCCCUAAACUUGAAUUGGUUGGUCUCACUUACAAAAUCGAUAGCCUUUCAUCUUCUAAUUUGACUGAACCGAAAUUUUCAGUGAUCAAUCACGAUAACAAUAUUUUUACUAAGCUCCUUUCUUCAACCGAUACUGGUUUGAAAUGUCCGAAUGCAAAAAUUGAAUAUCUAUUGUCCCGUUUUGGCAUUGAUUCAUAUUCGAAUUUAAUACCUGAAAUCGGCUACACUUAUGAUUGGACGCAACGAAUCGCUGGUAUUGAAUAUUUAAAUCCCGACGAAAAUCCAUUGCUUUCCAGUAGCGGUAUCAUACAUGUUAAAUCAUCUAUAGCAAUAGAUUGUUUAGAUAAAACAAUCAGAACAAUGAUCCAUCGUUUUAGAUCAAGAAUCAAUUUACAACAACAACUCGAUCAUAUACGUUUUAACAAAUUUAUUGAUGUGAAUUUAUUUGAUAAUUCAGUCAUUUCAAAUGGUCAAAAUUUAAUAUUCACUAAGCCCAGAUGUUUUAUUCAAUCUUUCGACAGAAUUUCUAGUGAAGAAUUGAUCAACGAACUUGAUUCAUAUCAGAAGAAAAAUCUAAUAGAAUACUUUGAACAAGAUGUUGAUGAUGGCAAUGCAUUUUGUAAUGAUCUUUUUGAUCAAAAUAAUUUUAUUUACAAAUUGAUUCUCAGAUGCGAACUAUUAGAUUCUUCAUCCAUUCAACAAUCCAAUUUAAGCGAAUGGAAUGUCUACAUUAUCAUCCCUCACAAUUAUCCUAGGCGAUGGCCAUUUUUUAUAUUAAGUUCGGCCACUAAUGGUCCAUUUUUCCUGUAUCGAAAUUGGAUCCGUAAUUUGGAGGAGCAUAUAAACGUGAAUCUGGCCGAAAAUAUGAUGAAACAACAAAGGCUAAGGAAUGAGGAUGAAUUCUUUUCAAAAACAUUGCUACUAAGACAAAUUUAUGAUCUACAGUGCGGAUUUGAUGUAAUCUCUGAUGGAUGCGUAAAAUAUGAACAACAAGCCAAUAACGAAAGUAUUGAAGCAUAUUCCGGACCACGUUGUGUGAAUUCAUUUCUUUCUACACUAAUAGCGCAAGAACAUGAUCACUCGUUGAAAUUUGCAAGAUUUGAAUUGUAGUAGAACAAUUUUAUUUUAUUUAUCAAAAAUUGAUUCAUUCGCGAAAUUCCAUUUUUGCAUGAAAUUUAUAAAUUGAAUACUCUAUUCUUUUUUUGUAUAUAAAUUCUAUGUU